AUGAGCCUUGCAUUACAUGAUCUGCUCAUUUGUUGUCGUCGCCUUGAAAAUGAGAAAGCUAUGGAGCGAAGGAAGGAAAUUGAAAAUUUCAAACGACUGCUACGUGAUUCUGAAACAGUUCUCCAGCUGGACCGGAAUUCUGAUUCUAAACAAGGAAAGCAACUCAACUGGGAUGCUAUGUUUGGUGUCCUGCAGAAGUAUUUCCAGAAAGAAAUGCAAAACCUCCAACUGACAAAACCAAAUGCAUCUGCUUCAACCCAAACUACCAGACAGAAAAAGAUGCAAGAAGUUGGAAGUUUGGUCAAAUAUUUCAUUAGAUGUGCUAAUAAAAGAGGACCCAGACUGAAAUGUCAAGAACUUCUGGUUUAUGUCAUGGAAAUUAUAAGAGAUCCAACAAGUUGUGCUGCCUAUGGAUCUGACUGUAGUAGUAUACUUCUAAAAGAUAUCCUCUCAGUAAGGAAAUACUGGUGUGAGAUAUCCCAGCAGCAGUGGUCAGAGAUGCUGAUCCUGUAUGGCCAAUUAUACCUCAGACCUUCUGGGAAGAUUAAUAGAGUCUUGGUGGCUAGGAUAAUUCACACACUUACAAGGGGAUACUGCUUCCAAACUGAUGGGUUGAGUUCUGAUAUGUUUAUCUUCUUUUCAAAAGCAAUGCAAUGUGCAAGACAGGAGAAGAAUACUGCAGGCCUGGAUCAUAUUGUUGGAGCAAUGAAUAUCUUCUGCAAUAAGUUUGCUGCCAAUUGUCGCAUACGGAUUUGUAAAGUAGGGGAAGAAAUUUUACCUACAGUGCUUUAUAUCUGGACUCAGUAUAAACCAAAGGAUUCCCUGAAGGAAUCAAUAAUUGAGUUAUUUCAUCUCCAAGUUCGUAUUCAUCAUCCAAAGGGUGCAAAAACUCAGGCAAAAGGUGCAUAUGACUCAACAAAAUGGCAAAGUAUCUUACAUAACCUAUAUGAUCUGCUGGUGAAUGAAAUAAAUCUCAUCGGUAGUAGAGGAAAGUAUUCUUCAGGCUCCCGUAAUAUUGCUGUAAAGGAAAAUUUGAUUGAGUUAAUGGCUGAUACUUGUCAUCAGGUUUUUACAGAGGAUACCAAAGUUCUGGAAAUUACCCAGCCGUAUGCUGUUUCACAGAAAGAGUCCAGUGAUGAAACAGUACCAAGCAAGCGCAGGAGGAUUGAACUAGGCUGGGAGGUAAUUCGAGACAACCUGCAAAGAUCCCAGAAGGAUUUUGAUGUCAUACCUUGGUUACAGAUUACAGCUCAAUUGAUAUCAAAAUAUCCCCUGAGUCUUCCUAACAGUGAGCUACCUCCCUUACUCAAUGUACUUCACCAGUUACUGCCUCAGCAGCGCCGAGGAGAAAGGACCCCAUACGUGCUGAAGUGUCUUACAGAGGUAGCUUUGUGUCAAAACCAGAAAACUGAUUUGAAAAGCACAUACAAGUUGGAGCUCCAGAGAACCUGGGCAAAGAUUUGGUCUCUUACCAUUCGUAGCAUAAGUUUCCAGCAAAUUGAAGUAGAGAGCUUUGGGCUACUUGGUGCUAUGAUUCAAGGAAACCUUGUUGUAACAGAUAAAGAACUCUGGAAGAUAUUUUCAGGACCUGCAUGCAAGCCUUCAAGUUCUGCUGUAUGUUGUUUAUCAUUAGUGAUGUCUGCCUAUUCAGUGCCAGAAAAUUUGGACGUAGGAAUGAAACAGAAUAACUGUGAAAGAAAUCUGGAUUCUUUGUUAAAGGAGGCAAUAAUGAAAUGGGUGCUGUCCUGCUAUUUGGAGGAAGAAAUGGAAGAAUGUGCUGAGUUGCCUCCUGUGCUCUGCUGUGAUUUCCCUCAUCUUAUAUUACAAAAAAUUCUUGUGAGUCUUACAAUGAAGAACUGUAGAGCUGCCAUGAUUUUUUUCCAAAACGAUGCUAAAUGUGUGCAACACUUGCAAGGGAAAGAAGAAAACAUUUUUUCUGAUGUUGAAGAGCUGUAUCUGCAGACAACAUUUGAUGAAAUGGAUAUUUUCACUAACUUUGCAGUAAAUGUUGCAGAUAAAAAUGUGACUGGUUCAAAACUUGCUGUCAACCAAAAUCUUAGGGAAACACUGGAGUACUGCCUUUCUGCAAUGUCAGAAAAGCUUUUAAGCUGCUAUGCUCCUAAGUUUGUUGCUGCAGAACACCUUGUCCGAUGUGUCAGUCUCUUGAUUGGUGUUCUUGGUUGCUAUUGCUACACUGGUAUAUUUAAAGAAGAGGAUGCCUGUAAAUCAGAGUUGUUUCAGAAUGCAAAGUCUCUCAUUCAUUAUGCUGGAGAAAGUAUUUCUCAAUCUAAAACCAAACUAAAUGAAGAUGCCCAGAUCAAUUCACUGAGGACUUUCAUAAUGCAGUGUACAAAGUGUUUAUGCAAUUGUACCAAGAACAGUGCUAGUAAGAUGCUGUCUAAUAUAUUCCUGCGUUUGUUAACGUCAAAAUUUAUGAAUGAUCUUGUAGACAUUUGCAAAAAUCUGUUGACAUUUACUGGAAAACCAAGUGAACUGGGAGAAGUGGAUCUAACAGGGAACGAUCCUGAAGAGAGUAUAAUGGAAGUAGAUAACCAGGUAUCUGAUGAUUUGUUUGAUGAUCAUUCGGUGACUGACAUCAGUGAUACAAAUGAAUCUGGUGAGAUGCAAAAUGUAACAGGUGCUUUGAGCCCAUUAGCUGAAGAACAGUUGACAAAGCAGGAUUUACUGCUCCUUGAAAUUCUGAGGUUCUUGUGUAUUUGUGUAACUACAGUCCAAAUUCAGACAGUGAGUUUCCGAGCCUCUGAUAUACGGAGGAAGCUGUUAAUGCUUACUGAUGGCAGCGUCUUUGAUAGUGCUAAGCCAUUGCAUCUGCACAUGUACUUGGUCCUUUUGAAGGAGCUCCCUAUUGAAGAACACCUCUUGCCUGAAGACGAUCUUCUUAUGCUUCUUAGGCCUCUUUCUGCUGUGUGUUCUCUGUACCGUCGAGAUCAAGAAGUUUGUAAAGUAAUUCUAAAUAAUUUGCUUCCUAUAGCAGUAGGUUUGGCCCAGUCCAACGCACAGGCUGAAGAGACAGGGGAUGCCCAAGGACAAUUUUUAACAGUUGUUGGAGCCUUUUGGCAUUUAGGUCAAGGAGGGAAAUGCACAGCACCAGUAAGAGUGGCCCUUUUAAACUGCAUGAAAGCCCUGCUGGAGGCUGAUCCUCAUUGCAAGUGGGCGAUCCUUAAUGUGAGAAAUGAAGAUCUACCUGUGAGUGAUGCUUUCCCACAUUUUCUUGCAGAUAGUCACCAUCAAGUUCGCAUUCUUGCUGCAAAGUUGAUUACCAG